CUCUCACAAGGCCAGCACAGCUUUGAGAACAAGCAGGUCUUAUACAAAGCCACCAUGCUCAAACUCCCUCCGGCCAUUCUUUCCUCGCUGCUCGUAGCCCUGAGCGUAAACGCGGCGACAUCGUGUCCACCCACAUCAUCGGACAUCGUCUCCUGCUCCACCGACGCCAACGGACAGGACGCAUGUUGCGUACCUUCACCUGGGGGUACGUUCCUCUUCAAGCAACGGUUCGAACCUGACAAGGGGGAUGAGGGCAGAUGGGGGAUCGACGGGUUGGACGUCUUGGACUGUUCAUCCAACUCGAUCACCCCGCAGAAACCUACCGCGCCCCGAGCUUAUUCUCACGAAGAGAUCGGAUCGUUCUGUACCACCUCGCCGACUUUUGGAGCCGAGUACGAGACUUGGGAAGCGGAAUGGGCAGAGAGCGAGGUGGGGGAGGGGCUCGAGGAGAUUUGGGAGAGGGCGUGGCGCACGGGUGGAAGGUCCAUCUCUACUCUCGAACCUCGUUGUUUCGACGAUUAUGUCGUAGGUGAAGAAGUCCCUCUAUUCUUCGACUCGAUCCACCACCUACACCAAUCGCUGGAACCUUGGCGCUUAUUGGCAGACUCUGAUAUCACUCCUUCGGAAGGCAUAACUUAUUCCAGGGCGGAGAUCACCAACGCCCUUACUGGAAAGACUGGAUUCGAGCCUUACGUCUCGUGCGUGAACGAGACGAUAUCGACCAUCUUCUGGCCCGUACAUGUCAAGGGAAAGUUCCAAGACAGUCGAUUUGUGGCUGCGAAGGAUGUGCAGGUCACGCACGUCGAGUCGUGUCCGGAAGAGGGGAUUCAUUACCCGUCGAUCCCCAACGUCCCCCGAGCGGGACCCUCGCAUACUUGGGACCCCAUCACCCGACCCUCUCCCCGAUCGCUCAGCCAAGAAGCCAUCGAACGAUCCCAGAACCAAGGUCGACGAUCCGAUGGUGACGACGAGGACGCGGCGCCGCACGCUGCGCACGACAAGGCGGUCAACGUGGAGAGGUUAGGGUUCUUUAAGCGGGCGGAUGGGAAGCGGGAGGAAGGGAAGGAUCAGGAGGACGGGUGGGGUCAGAGGAAGGGGACGGUGAGGGAUGAGCUCUAGGUGGCGGGGUUACAAGGAUGGGAUUGGGGGGUUGCUAGAUGGAACGUCUUUUAUAUUGAGAUCGGACAUGUCAAUGAGGAAUGAACACGGUCGAGACUCCGCUGUCGCAGCGGAGAACAGUCAGGAACUAUGUGUUGAGGGUCGAAUGAGAUUACGGUCAACAUCCAACCCAAACAUCUGUUUCGUUGGCGCCUUAGUUCAUGUUAUAGAUGCCCGGUAGGGCCUCUAUCAACUAUGUCAUGGUGAAGAGGAACUUUGGAGUGACAUCUCGCACUUUCGACGGAUCGGGAGGACGUUUCGUUUUUCGAUAGGCCGCCACCGGGAUGGAAUGAUGCUU